CGCACAUGCGCAGUACUCGCGCGGCCGGCGCGGGUCCUUGCCGAAAGCCUAGGGGGUCCCCUCGGAGCUGGGGGCGGGGUCUGCAACACUAUGGCCGAGAGCGGUGGGGAAGUGGUAGCUGUACCCGCGUCCGCGGCUGCCAACGGCCUCAGCAAUGGGGCAGGCGGGGGCCCGGCGCAGACCAACAACCCGCUGUCGCGGAAGCUGCAUAAGAUCCUGGAGACACGGCUGGACAACGACAAGGAAAUGUUGGAAGCUCUCAAGGCACUUUCAAACUUUUUCGUUGAAAACAGUUUGCGGACUCGAAGGAAUUUACGUGGAGAUAUUGAACGCAGAAGUUUAGCCAUCAAUGAAGAGUUUGUCAACAUUUUCAAGGAGGUGAAGGAAGAACUUGAAAGCAUAAAUGAAGAUGUUCAAGCAAUGAGCAGUUGCUGUCAAGACAUGACAAGUCGCCUACAGGCGGCAAAAGAACAGACUCAAGAUUUGAUAGUAAAAACCACUAAGCUUCAAGCUGAAAGUCAAAGACUAGAAAUAAGAGCACAAGUCGCAGAUGCCUUCUUAUCCAAGUUCCAGCUGACUUCUGAUGAGAUGGGUCUCCUCCGAGGUACCAGAGAAGGACCUAUAACUGAGGAUUUUUUCAAGGCACUGGGAAGAGUAAAACAGAUUCAUAAUGAUGUUAAAGUUCUCUUACGUACAAACCAACAAACAGCAGGUUUAGAAAUUAUGGAACAGAUGGCCUUGCUUCAAGAAACAGCUUAUGAAAGACUUUAUCGAUGGGCUCAAAGUGAAUGCAGAACAUUGACGCAGGAAUCCUGUGACAUAUCUCCAGUAUUAACUCAGGCAAUGGAAGCCCUGCAGGAUAGACCUGUCUUAUAUAAGUAUACCUUGGAUGAAUUUGGAACAGCCAGGAGAAGUACCGUUGUUCGUGGAUUUAUUGAUGCUCUUACGAGAGGGGGCCCGGGAGGCACGCCAAGACCCAUUGAAAUGCACUCCCAUGACCCCUUGAGAUACGUGGGAGAUAUGUUGGCUUGGCUCCAUCAGGCGACCGCUUCUGAAAAAGAACACCUUGAAGCUCUCUUAAAGCAUGUAACUCUACAAGGUGUUGAAGAAAAUAUUCAGGAAGUUGUUGGGCAUAUUACUGAGGGUGUGUGCAGGCCUCUGAAGGUUCGAAUUGAGCAAGUAAUAGUUGCUGAACCUGGGGCAGUUUUGUUAUAUAAAAUUUCUAACCUCCUCAAAUUUUACCAUCAUACAAUCAGUGGCAUUGUUGGAAAUAGUGCAACUACAUUAUUGACUACCAUUGAAGAAAUGCAUUUGCUAAGCAAAAAAAUAUUCUUCAAUAGCUUGAGUCUUCAUGCAAGUAAAUUAAUGGACAAGGUUGAACUCCCACCACCUGAUCUUGGACCAAGUUCUGCAUUAAAUCAGACACUCGCAUUGUUGCGUGAAGUUUUGGCAUCUCACGAUUCUUCAGUUGUACCGUUAGAUGCCCGUCAAGCUGACUUUGUGCAAGUUUUAUCGUGUGUCUUAGAUCCUCUCCUCCAGAUGUGUACCGUAUCUGCCAGCAAUUUAGGCACAGCUGACAUGGCCACUUUCAUGGUCAAUUCACUCUAUAUGAUGAAGACGACACUAGCUCUGUUUGAGUUCACUGACAGACGACUAGAAAUGCUACAGUUUCAGAUUGAAGCACAUUUGGACACACUUAUCAAUGAGCAGGCUUCUUAUGUUUUAACUAGAGCCGGCUUGAGUUAUAUCUAUAACACCGUGCAGCAACAUAAACCUGAGCAGGGCUCUUUAGCUAAUUUGCCCAACCUAGAUUCCGUGGCACUGAAGGCUGCAAUGGUGCAGUUUGAUCGUUACCUGUCAGCCCCAGACAGCCUGUUAAUGCCACAGCUGAACUUUCUCCUAAGUGCCACAGUGAAAAUAGGAGAUUGACGUUCUCCUAGAUUGAAGACUAUAGAUUGAAGAUUUAUGGUUACCAGCCUUUUUUCACGCCUCGGCCACCCUAAGAGAUCUCACCCGACCCUGCUCAUACUUACUGCUUACAUGUAGGCGGCUCCAAAAUCUCUACUUAGUGAAUGAUUCUUAAAACUGAUGUGACUAUAGUGGAAGUAUAUAGCCAUAAUACCAAACUAAUAAACAUGUCAGAAUGACAUUGAAAAUGUCGUGGAAGCUCAAUAGUAUAUUAAUUGUGCCGUGCAGAUGAGCUGCUGUAUAGACUGUUUGGAUCUGUUAGGUAUAUUUUGUAAUUUUUCAGUAUCACCUAUUUACCAGGAAUGUGUUCAAGACAAAGAACUAUACAGUAAUAUCUCAGAAUGUUACGGUUAGAAGAAACAGAGGGAUCAUAUUGUCUGACCUUCCUGAUUAUAAGGAAAAUAUUGACAGAUUUAAGUUGCGUGGAAGUAGGAAAUUAGACAAUUUUAAACAUUUUUUUUUUUCCUUUCCAUUCGCCCUGCUGUGUAUUAAAUGCUUUCUGUGUAACAGGCACUAAGGAUUAAGAUUUGAAGGACAUUUGCACUGUCUUCAGGGAGAUCAUAGUCUGUUGGGUCAGUUAGACAUGUGAACAAAUAUUUAUUUUAUUUUAAUAUUUUUUAAAUGUUUAUUUAUUAUUUUUGAGAGAGAGAGAGAAGAGAGAGCAUGAGCGGGGGAGGGGCAGAGAGAGAAGGGGACACAGACUCCGAAGCAGGCUCCAGGCUCUGAGCUGUCAGCACAGAGCCUGAUGGCAGGGCACGAGCUCACGAACUGUGAGAUCGUGACCUGAGCUGGUCCGGCCCUUAACUGACUGAGCCACCCAGGUGCCCCACAAAUAUUUAUAUGAAAAAGUACGGUAAGGAAAGAACUAUUGAACUUGAAGAAAAUACUCCAGUUACCAGAAGGGGAGCCGUGGGGCAGAGACGGCACACUUGUUUCCUGUUGUCCUGGAGGGCACGUCCGCAGCAGUGAAUAGAGCAAAGAGGCGGCUUCUGACUCAACACGCAGGAAAAUUUGAAUUAGACUGGCCAACUAGAAUUGACUGGCAAGGGGAUGGAUCAGUUUUUCUCAGACAUAAAGUUGGGAAAUUUGAUCAUUUUAGGUGUAGUUAAUGAUUUUAAUUUUUUUUUUUUACUUUUAUAUUUUAUCAUCCUAAAAGAUCUCAUACUGUCUACUUACCUGGAACUCUAAAGACCCGAGAGAUUAUAAAAGAAAAUCCAUUAUGCCGUGUCUCAGAUUUGUGUGUGUUUCUUAAAUUAUUUUUCUUAACCGAAUACCUGUAGUUCUUUAGAUUUAACCACGUUUCAAUCUUAGUAUUUGAAUGUUGCGCCGUUUGGGACGUCACUAAAUAUAAAACGUACCGUUAUUCUUUUCAUAAUAUGCUGAAUGGCGGGAAGUUUUAAUGUGUUUUAUAAAGGAUGGCAGGUAGAGCAGAUGCCAUAAAGGAGAAAUUGGAACAGAUUUGGCUACAUGACACUUUGAAGUUUUUGUCUCGUUUUUGUUUUUACAGAAAACAACAAUAUAAACCAACUUAAAAUAAAAACCGUAAUGUGGA